GUAUUUACAUGUUUUGACAACAAAAAUGUUGCAACGUUUCCAAACGCAGGCGAAAGUGGAGAAUCCUCGCUAUGGGCAGCUGAUAAUAGGCCCGCCGGGCUCUGGCAAGACAACCUACUGCAACGAGGCCUACAAGUUCUACCGAGAGCUGGGCAGGCAGGUGGGCGUCGUCAAUUUGGAUCCCGCAAAUGACAACAUGUCCUACGAGCCGGUCAUCAAUGUUAUGGAGCUGAUAACCGUAGAGGAUUGCAUGGAGCACCUGCAGCUGGGGCCCAACGGAGCCCUGAUGCACUGCGCCGAGUACCUGGAGCAGCACAUGGAGGAUUGGCUGCUGCCAGCUCUGCGCAAGUUGAGCGCCACCCACAACUACUUCCUGUUCGACUGCCCCGGACAAAUCGAGCUGUACACGCACCACAAUGCCAUGGCGCUGGUGUUCGAGCGCCUGGAGCGGGAGCGGUACAGUCUGGUCACAGUGAAUCUCAUCGACUCGCACUACUGUUCGGAGCCGGCCAAGUUCAUUGCCACGCUUCUGAUGGCGCUCAACACCAUGAUGAGGAUGAGCCUGCCGCAUGUGAAUGUCCUUUCCAAGGCAGAUCUGCUACGGAAGCACGAGUCGAAGCUGCACUUCAACGUGGACUACUACACGGACGUGCUGGAUCUGAAGUAUCUGCUGGAGAAAUUGGACGACGACCCCACCAUGCGGAAGUACCAGAAGCUCAACGAGGCCAUCUGCUCCAUGGUGGAGGACUAUGCCCUGGUAUCCUUCCAGCUGCUGGACUCCUUCAGCACGGACAGCAUGCUGCGACUACGCAAUCACAUCGACAAGGCCAACGGCUAUGUUUACAAGGCAGGAGAGGAGCAGACAGUCAACUCCCUGCUGGCCUGCGCCGUGGGAGCCGAGACUGAGGCUGUGCGCCAGCAGCACGAUGUUCAACCAUACGUGGAGUAGCAUUUGCACCUCGGCAAAUUUACCUACAAAUUGUUGCCACUUAAUCUAUACAGCAAUAGAAUACAUAAUCCACCAUAAUCCAAUGGGCUGUGAUAAUCCUUGUCUGAAAUCAACUGACAGCACUAA